AUGACAAACUCUGAAAAGGACUUUGACUCGGGCGACAAUGCCUCGACCGCAAUGGGCGUGUCUGCCCAGAUUGACAAGGAGUCAGAGAGGCGGGUGCUCUCCAAGUUUGACUGGUUUGUGAUGCCGCAAAUGGCGAUUCUUGUGCUCUUUGCAUACUUGGACAGAACCAAUAUCGGAAAUGCACGAGUUUUUGGGUUUGAAGAGAGCACCGGCAUGUCGGGCACAGACUUCAACAACAUAUCCAUGUUCUUCUAUAUCCCCUACAUCAUUUUCGAAACACCUUGGGUCAUGGCUGUGCGGCGCUUCGGGCCUGGCCGGGUGCUGGCGGUCGCCAUCGUCUGCUGGAGCGCCAUCACACUGGGCACCGGCUUCGUGCACAGCUACGGCGAAGUCAUUGCGUGCCGUGUGCUUCUGGGCGCUUUCGAGGCCGGCCUGUUUCCAGCAUUGACCUUUGUCAUCUCUGGAAUCUACCCCGCAGCCUCGCAAGGAAAGCGCAUUGCAGUCCUGUAUAUCUCUAUUGCGCUCUCCGGGGCCCUUGGUGGGCUAAUCGCAUACGGUAUUCAGUCCAUGGGCGAGCAACAUGGCCUCGCAGCUUGGAGAUGGCUUUUCAUCAUUGAAGGCGCCGUUUCGUUCGUCAUUGGAGUCAUCUGCUGGGUUAGCCUCCCAGGAGCGCCCGAGACAGCCUGGUUCUUGAAUGCAGCUGAAAGAAACACCAUGAAUCUUUUGAAGCUCCGAGACCACCCAUACGAAUCGGCGGAUAAAUUCUCUUGGAGACAAGUGGGAUUGGCCGUAUCCGAUCCACUGGUGUGGUUGGCGUCAAUUGCGCUGUUUUGCUCGUCUAUAGCCAUGUUUGGCUUUAGCACCUUUUUGCCCACACUCCUUAAGGGCAUGCAAUACACUUCGCUGCAGGCAAAUUACCUCAGCAUACCCGUCUAUGUUUUGGCAUCUAUAGGUACUGGUGCAACUACCUUUGUCUCUGAUCGCAUUGGUCGUCGCGCCAUAUGUUUGAUUCACUCGCCGAUUCUGGUCAUGGUAGGCUAUGCAAUUGGUGUCGGUUCAAGCAAUAAAUCGGUUGGUUAUUUUGGCAUGUUUAUCGUCGGCGCGGGCGUUUAUUCGUUCAAUACUGUGCUUCUAACUUGGGUGUCAAAUAAUAUUCACCCUGAUUAUAAGCGAUCGGUUGCCAUUGCCAUGGUUGUCUCGAUUGGCAACGCAGCGGGCUUGGCUGCCUCUCAAAUUUAUCCUAUCGGAGAUGCACCUCGCUAUAUUGUGGGAAAUUCAGUAUCGCUUGGCUUUGAGUCGCUGGCACUAGUCUGCGUGGCUCUUAUCUACAUGCUGCUGCGAUACAGGACCGGACAGAAGGAGAAGCUAAUUAGCCAGGGCGUAGAUAGCAACGGUAAAGAAGGAGACCAGAGCCUGGACUUUGAAUAUGUAAUGUAG